CCUUCUCAGCUCCCCUUCCUAAACCCCCAAAUAAACUCUAUUCUAUACUAGACCUGUCUUAUGGCUGGUACCCUGGGGGUGGGAAUGCCUCAGCAUUGGCCCGAUGAGGCAACCCCUCCCACCGCACCAUACCGCGCUCUACAAUACAUAUCCUUGGCUUUACAAAACACAUCAGGCAUCAGGAAAUAUUAAUUCAGUUCCCCGUGUAUCCUAACUUUAUCAAACUUUGUGUUUAUUCUAAAAAUAUUUGUGUUGUGAUAAUACUAAAUUUACUAAGAUACUAUAGUCACUAGUACGGGCUGGCUCUCCAUAAAGUGGUCCCUGUCCUUGACUGCCGGGUGCGCAGGGCAGAGAAUACUGUAUAGGAUCAGGACAACACAUACUUUUAAGCUAAUCUCUUCUUGUGAACAAUUUCUUUGAGCCAUCAGGCCCGCCGGGAAGGAUGGGCAAACUGAGGCAACCGCGGAUAAGAUGUUUUCCUGGUAGUUUUCAGGCAAAUAGGGGCUAAGCUUCAGAAGGUCACAGCGCGACACUGUCCCCUGGGCUCAGGGCCUCAGGAGGUUUCGCGGGGCGUUCGGGGGCGGAACCCGUCGACCUAAGUUCACUAGUGUACCCCGACACCUUUCCGCGGUGAUUCCGUACUUCCGGGAAGGCUUGCGUACACGCCCCCUCAUUUAGGAGGAGUACUACUCUGUACUAUGGGGUGCCUCUCAUGAGGCGAUGGCUCUAGGUUCGAGAUGCGACGAGAAGGCGGCUAAUGGAGAGGCGGGAACCGUAGCACAGAGGAUAGCUGAGCGGGUGGACGCGCGAGGACAGUUAAGAGGCCACGCUAGAGGCUGAACCAAUGGUCCGCUCGGAGCUCCGCCCCCUCCAUGCCUGCUUAGUGCGCACGCGCACCCGUCAUCCGGGUGCCGCUGCAGGUUGCGCUGGAGCUGAGUCGGGGGCGUGGUCCCCGCGGGGGGCGUGGUCAGCGGCUCAUUGUGCGCAGCGUAGCGCGGCGCCGCUGGCCGCCCGGGCCAGGGUUGGAAGUUGGUGCUGCCGCGGCCACCGCCUCCACCGCCGCUGCCUCCUCCUCCGCCGCCGCCGCCCUGCAGCCCACUCGCUGCCUCGGCAGCGCGUUGCUUUCCCAAGAUGGCUGCCGCUGCCGCUGCCGGGGCCGUGGUAGCCUCGGCCGCCUCAGGGCAGGCAGAAGGGAAGAAGAUCACCGAGCUGCGGGUCAUCGACCUCAGGUCCGAGCUGAAGCGCCGCAACUUGGACAUCAACGGGGUCAAGACGGUACUGGUCUCCCGGCUGAAGCAGGCUAUUGAAGAGGAAGGAGGCGAUCCAGAUAAUAUUGAAUUAACUGUUUCAACUGAUACUCCAAACAAGAAACCAACCAAAGGCAAAGGUAAAAAACAAGAAGCAGAUGAGUUGAGUGGAGAUGCUUCUGUGGACGAUGAAGCUUUUGUCAAGGACUGUGAAUUGGAGAAUCAAGAGACACAUGAUCACGAUGGAAAUGACGAGCUAAAGGACUUGGAAGAAUUUGGUGAAAAUGAAGAGGAAAUUGUGCAUUCCCAGGAGUUGCUUUCUACAGAAGAGAACAAGAAAACCCAUGAAUUUAUUGAGGCAGAAGCAAUAGAAGAUAGAGAAAAAGAGGACAUCGAAAGUCAGGAAACUGAAGCUCAAGAAGGUGAAGACGACACCUUUCUAACAGCCCACGAUGGUGAUGAAGAAGAAAAUGAGAAAGAUAUAGCAGGUUCUGGUGAUGGCACACAAGAAGUAUCUAAACCUCUUCCUUCAGAAGGGAGCCUAGCUGAGGCUGAUCACACAGCUCAUGAAGAGAUGGAAGCUAAUGCGACUGGGAAAGAAGCUGAGGAUGACAACAUCUCGGUCACAAUCCAGGCUGAAGAUGCCAUCACUCUGGAUUUUGAUGGUGAUGACCUCCUAGAAACAGGUAAAAAUGUGAAAAUUACAGAUUCUGAAGCAAGUAAGCCAAAAGACGGGCAGGACGCCAUUGCACAGAGCCCGGAGAAGGAAGCCAAGGGUUAUGAGACGAAUCCGAACCAUAAAGACGGUAAGAAGGAAGACUCCGUGAAGGCUGAUCCUGUCGAGAAGGAAGCCAGAGAAAGUUCUAAGAAAGCAGAAUCUGGAGACAAAGAAAAGGAUACUUUGAAGAAAGGGCCCUCGUCUACAGGGGCCUCUGGUCAAGCAAAGAGCUCUUCAAAGGAAUCUAAAGACAGCAAGACAUCAUCUAAAGAUGACAAAGGGAGCACAGGCAGUGCUGGUGGUGGCAGUGGAAGCUCGACUAAGAAUAUCUGGGUCAGUGGGCUGUCUUCUAAUACCAAAGCUGCUGAUCUGAAGAACCUCUUUGGCAAAUAUGGAAAGGUUUUGAGUGCAAAGGUAGUUACAAAUGCUCGAAGUCCUGGGGCAAAAUGCUAUGGCAUUGUAACCAUGUCUUCAAGCACAGAAGUGUCCAGAUGCAUUGCCCAUCUCCAUCGCACAGAGCUACACGGACAACUGAUUUCUGUGGAGAAAGUCAAAGGUGAUCCUUGUAAGAAAGAAAUGAAGAAAGAAAAUGAUGAAAAGAGCAGCUCGAGAAGUGCUGGCGAUAAAAAGAGUGCCAGUGACAGGAGUGCCAAUUAUUCUGGUUUUUUUGUCUUGAAUGAUAUGGUCAGGACACAAGCAUCUAUUAAAAAAGAAGAGAAAAGGUCAUCUGAGAAAUCGGAGAAAAAAGAAAGCAAAGAUAUUAAGAAAGUAGAGAAGGAGGAGAAAAACGACGAUGGUCCAAGUGGGCAGACUUCAGAGACAGUGAAAAAGAGCGAAGAGAAGAAACGGAUAAGUUCAAAGAGUCCAGGACAUAUGGUGAUACUAAACCAAACCAAGGGAGAUCACUGUAGGCCAUCAAGAAGGGGCAGAUAUGAGAAAGGUCAUGGAAGAAGCAAAGAAAAGGAGAGGGCCAGCCUAGAUAAAAAAAGAGACAAAGACUACAGAAGGAAGGAGAUCUUGCCUUUUGAAAAGAUGAAGGAACAAAGAUUGAGAGAACAUUUAGUUCGUUUUGAAAGACUGAGACAAGCAGUGGAAUUCAGAAGACGAAAAGAGAUUGCAGAAAGAGAGCGUCGAGAGCGUGAACGCAUUAGAAUAAUUCGUGAACGGGAAGAACGGGAACGCUUACAGAGAGAGAGAGAGCGCCUAGAAAUUGAAAGGCAAAAACUAGAGAGAGAGAGAAUGGAACGCGAACGCUUGGAAAGGGAACGCAUUCGUAUUGAACAGGAACGGCGUAGGGAAGCUGAACGGAUUGCUCGAGAGAGAGAGGAACUCAGAAGGCAACAGCAGCAGCUUCGCUAUGAACAGGAAAAAAGGAAUUCUUUGAAACGCCCACGUGAUGUAGACCAUAGGCGAGAUGAUCCUUACUGGAGCGAGAAUAAAAAGUUAUCUCUAGAUACAGAUGCACGAUUCGGCCACGGGUCUGACUAUCGUCAACAGAGCAGGUUCCUUGACUUCAGCCAUCGAGAGCGGGCCAGGUUUCCUGACACUACGUCUGUGCAGUCAUCAUCCUUUGAAAGACGGGAACGGUUUGUUGGUCAGAGCGAAGGGAAAAAACCGAGACCAGCCACCCGAAGAGAAGAGCCGAGUUUUGAAAGGUACCCUAAGAACUUCAGUGACUCCCGAAGAAACGAGCCCCCACCACCACGAAAUGAACUCAGAGAAACGGACAGGCGAGAGGUGCGAGGGGAGCGAGACGAGAGAAGAACAGUAAUUCUCCAUGACAGGCCUGAGGUCGCUCACCCCAGACACCCUCGAGAAACUGUGCCCAAUCCUUCUAGACCAACCUCCUGGAAAAGUGAAGCGAAUAUGUCCACAGAGAAACGGGAGUCAAGAGUUGAAAGGCCAGAACGGUCUGGGAGAGAAGUCUCAGGGCACACUGUGAGGGGAGCACCCCCUGGGAAUCGGAGUAGUGCCUCAGGCUAUGGAAACCGAGAGGGAGACCGAGGAGUCAUCUCUGACAGAGGAAGUGGAGCUCAGCACUACCCUGAAGAACGACAUGUUGUGGAACGUCAUGGACGGGACACAAGUGGACCAAGGAAAGAGUGGCAUGGCCCACCCUCCCAGGGGCCUAGCUACCAUGACACAAGACGAAUGGGUGAUGGCCGGACAGGAGCAGGCAUGAUAACCCAACACUCAAGCACUGCGUCUCCAGUUAACAGGAUUGCACAGAUGAGUGGUAACACCAUGCCGAGAGGAAGCAGCUCUGGGUUUAAGCCGUUUAAGAGUGGACCUCCACGGCGAUUUUAACGCAAGCUUCCUGCUGUGGCUUCAAGAUAAUUUAUUGAGAUCUCCUGUAAACUUUCCCUGACUGCUUACGAGGACGACUUCUGACUGCUUGAGAGUUCUAGCUGACUGUUGUUUUUCUUUUUAAAAAAAAUUUAACACGAUUUCUUUUCUCAAUUUUAGAGAAGAUGUUUAAAUAGUUCUGUUGAAACUUUUCAUAGUUUUGUGUAUCAUUCAACUUUUUCUUGCAGCACUGAGACCCAUUUGAAAGGCUUGGCACCAAGGCUAUUCUGUUUGGCGCUGUGUGAACAUGAGUGGUUUGCAGCUGAAUGGCAGUGGUUACGUCUGCAGCACAGCUCUGUGGUGUCAUAAAUAGCAGUGGGCUCGUCUGCAGCACAGCUCUAUGGUGUCACCAGUGUUUGCUGCCUCCACUUUGAAGGCUAUUUGAGCUUCAAACGCCUGCUGUCCAAUUUUUAGAGAAUAAGAUUGUUCCUUGCAUUUCGGAGUAUUAUGUAACCUAUUUUUGCAGAAGGUACUGUUACAUUAAGUGCAUCUGUGUAUCCUGGUUAAAAAAAAUGUAAUCUUUUUGGAAAUAAACCUUCAUAUUCUGUAUAGUU